GCCGACACACUCUGUGUGCAUUAGAGACUGCAGCUCUCAAGAGUCCAAGUGAAGAAAAACAGUAAAUUCUCACAUCACAGUUUUGACAGCCAUGGCAGAUGACAGCUUUAAGGCGAAAUUCCUUGCCUGUCAUAACGAGUACAGGAAGAAACAUGGGGUUCCUGAUAUGACUUUAAGCAAAGAGCUCUGCCGCACUGCACAGGAGUGGGCUGACCAUUUACUGUCUAUUAAAACCCUGCAGCACAGUGAGACUGAAAACGGAGAGAAUGUGUUUUAUUCCUGGAGCUCUACUCCAGCCAACCCCACAGGACCUGAGUCUGUGGAACAGUGGUACAGUGAAAUUAAAGACUAUGAUUUCACAAAAUCUGGAUAUCAGCCCAAGACAGGACAUUUCACUCAGGUUGUAUGGAAAGCAAGCAAAGAAGUCGGAGUGGGCUUGGCUACUGAUGGAAACACUGUCUUUGUGGUUGGACAGUACAAGCCUACAGGAAACAUAACCAAUGCAGGACAGUAUGAGGAGAAUGUUCUUCCUCCAGUAGACAAUUGAGAAGUCAUCUGGCCUCCACAGAUAAACCCAUGCAGACAUGGAUUUCUAAUCAAGCAAAGCAUUUGUAAUUUCCUGUGAUAAGCCAACUUCAGAUUAUUAUUAGUCAAUUAUUAAUGAAUUAUUAUUAAAAUUACCAUUUGAUCGUUCUCAGAUUGUUGCAUAAGUAAUCAUUUGAAUCAUAUGAGUGAAGUAUAUAAUUUCAUUUAUUAAAAUAAACAUACAUGUAUUUUA